CCAAGAGGCUAUGCGCCCUAAACCAACAGCAACUGGGUUUGCGCGCCGCGUGUGAUUAUAUUCCCAAACUAGGGAAGUUUCAUGUCUGUGAGGCCAGUAUAGUAGAGUAGGUUGUUGCCACACGCAAGGCCUUGCAGUUACCCAGGUUUUAUUGUUUUAUUGGUAUCCGACUCGUCCUGAACUGACGAGGGCGGCGUACUCAGAAGAAUACGUGCAAGCGUACACAGUUUGUGCGUGUAGAUUUUUUGUUUGAGAAUGGCAGCUGUUCCCCAGAAAUUCUGCUUGAAGUGGAAUGACUUCCAGAGUAUUGUCAUUUCUAUGUUUGACAAUCUGCGCCAUGAUGAAGAGUUGGUAGAUGUCACUCUUUGCUGCGAUGGCAAGAAGAUCAAGGCCCACAGAAUGGUUCUGUCUGCAUGUAGUACAUACUUCAAAGAGGUGUUGAAGGAAAAUCCUUGUCAUCACCCAGUUUUCUUCAUGAGAGACAUUCCUUAUGCAGAUCUGUCAUCUCUUAUUGAGUUCAUAUACACAGGGGAGGUAAAUGUUAGUCAGACUGAUCUAUCAAGCUUCUUGAAGACUGCAGAAAUGCUGAAAGUCAAAGGACUCACAGAUAAUGACAAGACCACGGACGUGCCCCCCUGCAGCGCGCCUCCGCCCCAAGCACAGGCCGGGUCACGGCCCUCCGGGCAGCCAGCUGUUGCCGACCGAAGGUCAGCGGCCGGCGGCCAGGGCCGAGAAGCGACCUGUCCCGGCCGGCGCGCCGGCGGUGUCCGCAUUCCGGUCGGAUCCGCAGGCGCCCGCGUCCAAGCGGAGUCGCGCCGACCGGCCACCCUCCCCGACCGGCCCGCUGGCGGCGUCCGAGUCGCCUGGCCAGCUUCCCGGCGGACAGGCGCUUGCCGAGCUGGCCGAGUCGUUCCCGGCGGCGCCGUCCGCCGACCCGGUGGUGCAGGUGGCACGGUAUGAGACGAGCCUGGUCAAGACGGAAGCUGUCGCGUUUGAAGACGGCGGGGAUUUUGAGGCCUCGUUGGAGCGAGAGGGCGCUUACGACGACGCCUCUCUCGACCACAGCCUGCUGGAGUUCAAAGCGGUCGCCGACCGGGAUCAGCUGACCACAUCCCAGGGGAAUUCAGAAUCGUUAAGCGGGAUGUUCUUCGGAGAGGACCCCGCCGGAGAAACAGCUUGCAAACUUCUGGGUGCCUAGGUAUCGAAAGUGGACCAGGUCAUCAAUAAACAACUGUGCAUGUUGCUGGCUGCCGUCGGAAGGGUUGCCGAUGGAAAAAGGUAAUCCGCCAUCAAGACGCCGAACGUUCCCCUGCCUGCGAUGGAUGAGUCGGAGCUGAAUGAGCUGCUGACCGUCGUCGAGAACGAAAAUAACCGGAAGUAUUUGGCAGCCUAAAAAAGCCAAGUUGGGCCUAAAUGUCAGUUCAAGGGCAGUGCCAUUCACCAAACAAUCGUCAGUAAGUGCAGCGGUUUGGUCCUGUGUCGUGUGUAUGCGAUGGAAGAAAGGUGAGAGAAUGCUCUAUGUGUGCGUGGUUCAACGACUGGAUGGUAUGGUGACAAUGAUGAGGCUUGUGUACUCGGCGAUGGCAAACGGCCGCGACGCAUGUGGCCGUUUGACACCCGGUCGUGCAGCCGGAAGCUGUUCAAGUUCAUACAUGAACGGGCUCGAAAAAAACCUCUGCCGUUUCUUUGAUUUGCCAGAUGCACAGCCAGUAUUUUACCCGCCCCGAUGCACGCACGCAACAUGCCGUGAUCACCGAUUUUCGAGGUGGAGGUCGUAACGUCUGGUUGCUUGAUUAUGCAGGCGGGCAGGCGCCCAGCAUCAGUCGUUGGGCAAUGGGAGAACGCGCCCUAAUAUGAAAUUGGUUUCGCCUGCAGUGAUGGUGAAUGAGAACCUGCAUUCGGUCGGCGUGUCCGUUAGGAGAUCAACAGGCCGCUAGCCCAGAUGGCUGCAUGGUUUGAGAGACCGGGAUGGCUGACACCUUGAACGCAUCCGUCGUAAGAUGACCGAGGCUGGAGCGUCACGUUCAGGGAUGGCGUCUUUACCCAGUGGGGCGCGAUGAACGCUGAGCCGACCCGUCGACUGGAAGGGGAUCCAUUUCCUGAAGAUAAAAGUGACAGGCCAUUUCCAAAAUAUAUAAGUGUGCUAAGAACCAGCGACGCGGGGAAUCUCUUCGUGAGUCUCAAGGCUCCGUGACCAUUUUGGACAGUAUGCUGGUAAGCAUUAUUGACUGAAUGAGCUUGCCAUUAUGUCAAACACGAUACAACAGACCGGCUUUUUGGAUAGAUGACAAAGCACUGAAAAUCACAUAUGCAAUGUGAGCAGUAAAAUGUAAGCCUUGUUUUGAGAACAAGUCCAUGAAAGUUCUCUGUACUCUGGAAAUGACUUUUCAACCAAGUAUAUGGAAGUCGUGACAUACCGAUCCAUUAGGAAUCUUUAUAUGUCAAAGAAUGUUGACUACCAGGAUAUCACUUUGUAAGGCUGGGACCUCUAAACGGCCUAAAAAGAUGCAAAUGAAAAGCCAAAUAUCAGAGUGAAAUAUUGAUAGAAAUGUAUUUGCAACAGUUAUUUUGACUCUUGAAGUAUUUCUAACAAACGAUACGUGACGGGAACGUCGCAUCCUAGUUAAAACUUGGGCGUAUCCACGCGAGGAGUCGUCAGAUCUUUAGAAGCUGUUCGAACCCCAUGAUAUCACCACAUCUGAUUGGUUGUUGGGUGGGUGAGUGUUCAGUGACUAGCACUGACUUCAGGCGAAGUGACUGAUAUUGGUCCGGCCUGUCGGGUUAUGCUGUUCAAGAAGUCCACCAAAAUUUCGCUGAAGGCCUAUGUCACUUCGAGGGCGCGUAAAGAAUCUUUGGGGAAUGGACGACGCGCUGAACUAUCAGAGAGGACUUGAUAAAACAUAUUUAGUUACUUGAUUUUAAGAUGAAUUCAGAAUUAUGAAUUUAAUUUUAAGUGAUAUCAUAAUACUAAAUUGAGGCACAUGAAAUAAUAAUUUAUAGCUUAUAUUUCAGUGUGAAUUUAUUUAGGUUAAAUGUAUUCUCUCUUUUGAUAAAUAAUAGUAGUAUUCCUUUUCCUCGCAACCCAUUUCUUGGGGUACAAAACCAGCGAACGGCUUUUUUACCGCAUUGUCCGCUUUAAAGCGGCUAUUGCUCUUCUGCUCUCGUUGUGUGCCGUAACGUCUAACUAAAACACUGCCGUAAAAAGAAGUGCUUUACGUCUUUGCCUUCCAUAGGUUUCAUGCUAAGGUCAAAACUUCGCUGCAUAAUUGUAUUGUGCAGACAGUUGGCAAAAAGAAAGUACCAAAUUAUUCAGGGGUGUUUGUUACAGCCGUUCAUAUAUAUAUAUAUAUAUAUAUAUAUAUAUAUAUAUAUAUAUAUAUAUAUAUAUACUGUCCCAAACAAAUGUUUUCAGCCGUAUUUACCUCUCGCCAGUCAACACAUAGCAUAGCCCUAAAUAUCGCAAUGGGCGCAAUAUGACCUUUGAUGUUGACGCGUUCUAAAAUACCAUCAGCAUAUCCCAAAUAAGUGCGUUUGAAACCCAUUGGACUGGCAUGUAGUUAGUGAAAGGGCUGCCCACGUCAGUAAUAAUAUUAACAUCCUUUUUUAUUACAGAGCUGAUUAAUAAUCGGGAGAUGAUACCUCUGCGCAAGAUGACUGCAGUGAAGGCGGAUGUUGUUUCAAAACAAAAGUACGGACAGUCCAUCUGUCAGCGUUUGCAAAUGCACCGGGGCUGAAUCAAAAGGCACGCUUCGAGUUCACGUGUUUCAUAGUCUAAUGGGUCUCCUCAGUUUCGGUCAGCGUUUUGUUAUGUAUUGUAACCGGCUGGAAGACUCCACGUAGGAAGAAGCGAAGCCAUCACACAACGGUGAUUUCAUGCAUAGGUUAUUUGAAUGGUGAUCGACUGACGCAGAGCCAAAACUUAACGUUGCCCGUGGCUAGAUCAGGAAUACAUGAAGCGAUCUCUGUACGGACUUUAUAUUUCGGUUGUGACGUCCAGAACUGGCGACGUUUGACACCUUGCAUGACAUGGUGACGCAUCUUGACAACCUGUGGAAGCAUGCCUGGUGGAUGAGUGUACAACGGGCGUAGUUUAGAAUAUCACAUUACAGGGUGGGAUAGACACAUUGCAGCUGUUUUUGAGAAGUAUAUCCCACAACCAUCGUACUCGCUGCUCGCUUUCAAGUCAAGGGAUGCAGUUUGACAUUGGGUUACCUUCAGGUUUCACAUGACCAACCGAAAAAUGUCAAUGUUGUACGUUUUGGUCGUAUGUGAAACGCCGCUCGUAUGAAGUACCCCAUAGUGGCGUACGGAACGGUUUUGCCUAUGCCUGUCAUUGGACCCUCUUGGCCUAAGUUCAGUUGCCUCGGCUAACCACUUUUGUGCUCUAGCUUGUCACUGUAACGGUGCAAAGAUAACUUUGUAGGGACUGAACUGGUUUCUACAUGUAAAAAAGCACCGCGAAUUCGUCGAAAUGUCAAAUUUGUCAAAGUGAGCUAUCCUUUAGCGUAAUUGGAUCAUCCCGAUAUCACCAGUAAAGAUGUUAUCUGCGUCCCAAAAUGCAGAUCUAUCGCUUGCUUUUUCAGCGGGGAAAAUAUAGUGUUUUCAGAUACCAAACUGUAAAAAGUGGUCAUUCCACGUAGCUGUGUAACUCGCGAAUGGCUGAACGCUCCUGCCAAUGCCAUGGUAAAAGGAACCGAAUUACGGGACGGGACUUGGUUCAAGGCUGUGGCCUUUCCGUAUUGAGUGGGGCAGUUAUAUAUACAGCUUAAGUCGUGAAGGCAGACUUCGUGGAUCCCUCCUUUUCGGACACCCGAAAAGUGUAAAAGUAAUUUCCCUGUCUUGCACUUGGUGUCCGUGCAAGUAAGGAAAAAGGUUCUACUUUUGUAUGCAGUGGUAUGUAGACUGAGGUAGUCUACUGAAGGCUCCGGAGAGACUUGCAACCAUAAGCUAAUAGGUCUGAACACUCCUCUUUUAAGCGUGCAUGCAGAUGGUCUACCGGCUUACUGAACCGGCUUACCACCGGCGUAACAAUAUGUGUCACGUAUCCAGAAAUGUCGGCACCAACGGACCAUGGUCUGACCCUGAGCUGUUAGUGCCGUGCGGUGAAUGGUUGGGUAUGGCAGAGGUGCAGUAAAGAAACGAGGAUUUCGUCCAGGAGGGGCUCAAA